UUAGCAAAACCUACCACAGCAGCACAACCGACAACGUCAGUGACAACUGAGGAACCUACCACGGCAGCACCACCUACAACAUCAGGGACAACUGAGGGACCUACCACAGCAGCACCACCUACAACAUUAGUGACAACUGAGGAACCUACCACAGCAGCACAACCGACAACGUCAGUGACAACUGAGGAGUCUACCACAGCGGCACAACCGACAACAUCAGUGACAACAGACGAACCUACCACAGCAGCACAACCGACAACAUUAGUGACAACUGAGGAACCUUCCACAGCGGCACAACCGACAACGUCAGUGACAACUGAGGAACCUACCACAGCAGCACAACCGACAACGUCAUUGACAACUGAGGAGUCUACCACAGCGGCACAACCGACAACAUCAGUGACAACAGACGAACCUACCACAGCAGCACAACCGACAACAUCAGUGACAACUGAGGGACCUACCACAGCAGCACUACCGACAAAAUCAGUGACAACUGAGGAACCUUCCACAGCGGCACAACCGACAACGUCAGUGACAACUGAGGAACCUACCACAGCAGCACAACCGACAACGUCAGUGACAACUAAGGAACCUACCACGGCAGCACCACCUACAACAUCAGUGACAACUGAGGAACCUACCACAACAACACAACUAACAACAUCAGUGACAACUGACGAUAGGUUUUUGACUCAUACCGAAAUAAAUAUUUCAAAA